AUGGUUGUUCCUGAUUUAGCACACACUUCAUGUGGAAUAAAGGAACUAGAACGAGUGGGGCUUGUCGAUUGGAACGGAACCCUACUGCCCAGCUGGUCUAGGAUUAAUGUGGAUCUUUCUUCUUUUAGUCCAGAUGAAGAAGCAUGUAAUAGACUUAACAGCAACAAGGAAGAUAUGAUGAGCAAGAUAAAAGCUUAUAUUGGUGAAUUACUCAAGUCUGUGCAGAUGGUAUCGGAUGUGAUGGAAGGCCUUGUUAAAAGAGUUACAGUAGAAGAAUCUGAAAUUGUUGUUAGGAAAGAUAAGGUAACUUUAAGUCAGGAAAAGAUUAGAAGGAAAGCAAUCCAAAUCGAGAGAAUGUCUUCGAAAUUCGAGGAGAUGAUGCAGCAGAGGGUUGAAGAAAGUUUCAGCAAAGCAAGUGAGGGAUCACAGAAAAACAAGAACAUACGCACUGAGCAGGGCGGAGACCGUGAUGAUUCUUUCCCUGCCCGAAAAACUCAAUUAAGCUACCGAUUUGAACACUGA